CAGGAAAUCCUGGUGGUCUUGGUAAUUUUCAGAACUGUAGAGACCUUGUCUUUUAUGCUAGAAAGGAUUAGGAAGCGAAUAUUAGCUUCAAUACUAAUCCAUUUAACUUAACCUCAAAAUUACAUGUUGCAUGUUUAACACUUUCAAAUCAGUGAGUAAAAUAUCACGCUGUUAUGUGAUUCUUUCCAUAGACGGCAUUUGACUACCCUGACAAUAUAACCAGUACUAAAUAGAUUUUGAGCUUGAGUUAAUUAGCAUAAAGAAAAUGAAUUUUAAAUGGCACAUUAUUACAAGAUUGCCUAUUAUGUUAAGUAGCCGAUUAAUCACUCUACCUAAAUAUAAAAUAAAAAUGUAUUCUGGAUAUUCAUUUUUUUCCACUCAAUCAUCGUUUGGUCAGAAUAAUGUUAUAGAAGACGUACAACUUCGAUCUAUAAAUCAAGUAUCUGCCACAGAAACAGAUGAUGUUCGCAGAGCUCGUUUAUUAUAUCAAAGUAGAAAGCGUGGAAAUUUGGAAAAUGGAAUUCUUUUGAGUACAUUUGCUGCUAAAUACCUGAAUUCAAUGACUCAUGAACAACUUAUUGCAUAUGAUAGUUUAAUCAAUCUACCAGACAAUGAAUGGGACAUUUACUAUUGGAUUACAAAGGCAAAAGAAGCCCCAAAAUACUUUCAAACUGAUGUAUUACAACUUCUUCAAGAACAUUGUCAAAACAAUAAGAACGAACUACGAAAUGAACAGCCUAGUUUAUAUUAAUUAUGCUUUAUACAAAAAAACGGUUGAAUAGUUUUAUUUUGUUGUUGCUUUUUUUUCACUAGAAAUUUUCAUCUCCUUUUUUCUCUCUCACACACUUUCUCAGUUCAGUAAAAAUGUUUUGAUCAUCUAAAAUUUUAUUCAGUCCAAAUUGGAUCUAGUUCUUUUUGUUUCACGGAUAUUUGUAUAAAAUGAAUCAUUUUCAACUUCAUUUUCUUUUCUUAUGUAUAUAAAUAACGUUGAAUCCAUCUGCUUUGCAAAAUCAAUUUUAUAAUAUCUCCCUAUAGGUUAAUGAUUAAUAAUAAAAUUUCUUUAAACACCAA